AGGGGUGGGGUGGUUAUACCGUGCAGUCUGUAGAGACAGUGAGGAACCUGCUCACAGAGAGGACAGAGGGACGAUAACCAUGUCAGCCUCCUGGAAGCAGCCGCUUUUUCAGAUCUGCCUGCUUUGCGUCUGCUGCAGACACAUCAAUACAAACACGUUGGGCUCAACCAAAGCGCCACAGGUUCCCACCACUGCUCUUAAAACAACUGUAAAAAGUGUUGUUCUUAAAGGUGAAAAUCACACAGAGGAAAUCCAGCUGCAUGAGCCUGUAAAUCUAACGCUAGCCUGUACGUGGACUGGGAAUCAGAAGAAACUACCAAACAUUAGCGUUUAUUGGACAAAAGAUGGGAAGACGAUUCAGGACAGUGAGCGCUCUGUGCAGCUGGAGAAUGAGCAGUAUACUCUCAAACAAGAUUUCCAUAUUGUCAGUGAACAAGACCUUGGAAGUUACUCCUGUGUUUUUGGGACUGAAGCACAAAUAGAUUUUAUUUUGGCAGCUCCACAGAUCAGUGAGGUGCGAGACAAGCCGAUAGUCAGCUAUCUGGGGGACUUUGUGGUGAUUUAUUGUAAAAUGGAGGAAACCAAACCAGAGCCCAGAACCUGGACCUGGUAUAAAGUCAAUGGGACAGAAAAGAUCCUCAUUGUUGAAGAGCCUCAGCGCUAUGAAAUCCACAAUGAAGGGUGGAAGACGAAGCUGAAGAUCAGCAACCUGACAGAUGAAGACUCUGGCUCCUAUUACUGUGGGGCGGUGUACCGCGUCGGCACCUCAGUGAGCCAUGUGGAGCUCAAGAUUAUCAGCUUCAUUGAGCCCCUGAAACCCUUCUUAACCAUCCUGGCUGAAGUUAUCGUGCUGGUCACUGCCAUCCUGCUCUACGAGAAAAUUCAUUCCAGGAAGAACAACACAGAAGAGGAAAAUCUGCCGAACGGCAACCAAAAGAACGAGCUGCCUCAGGAAGAAGCUAAGGAGCUGGAGGGUAAUACGUCCAUGAGGCAGCGCAAAGUUUAAAGACUGCAGCCAGCUUUAAAACUCAUUUUUAAAAGUGAACGCUAGCAACAUUUAUACGGUUAUUGUGGCAUCUGUUAUAACUGCAUCACUUUGUUUCAACACUCAGAGUGCAACAGCUUCCAGCUAAUCAACACUCGAGUUUGCAACACAAGGGGCCUCUUUCCUUUCCUGUUUACUUCCUGUGCGGAAACCCAGACACGCUUCUCUUGACACAUCACGUCAUCUUUGUCCCCUCCCCUUUCUCUUCUUGUUGGCAACACCGUAAACUUCAAAUGACUUUAACCCGUUUUUCUUCUCUGUGGUUCGUAGCAGUGCCUUACACUCUUUGACUAACCUUUCACUGUGCUUCCAAUGACUUUUGUCCUUGCAGUAAUCUAUCUACAGUACUUGAAUAACAUGUAAAUCAAAAUAUAACUUCACAUAUUCAUCAUAUUUGUGCAUCUGUUUUGCGUUUACGUGUAGGAGAAGAGUCACAGAGUCAUAGUUUCUUCCCCAAAAAUGACUGCACCGUAUACAAACAAGCCGAUUAAAAACUACACAAACCACCGUUUCAGUGUUGGAUUCAUUUGAAACUUAUUUCCGAGCACUAAAGAAACACUUCAAAAAUGUGUCUGUUAACACGUCAGCAGAGCAGUCAACAGAAAAAUACGUUUAGGAUGGAUUAAGCAACAAUAACAAGAGUCAGUUUUGAAAAUCCGCCAUUUAUUAUUUUUUCUAUAAAUACAGUGGAUGUUUUUGUCCUGAAUAACCUUUGCACUUCCUCUUCCCCACGGAGAAAAGCUAAGCUAUACCACGACACACAAUCGUGUAGACCGUUGUAGCUGUGACCACAGCGAGAGGCGACACACCCACAGCUGCGACUGUCAGAAACAAAUCUGUAUCACUGCAUUUAGAAAGUAAACUAGAGCGGCUCGUUCCUCAGCCUGUGUGAGACAUGCUGAGUUUGGCUGGAGUUAAUGAAUUUACUUAAACGUGUUGAAGCUACUAUAUUUCUGAACUCUUGUUGUGUGCCGCCAACACGUCUGUCGCAGAAGCAGCCCAGGCUGAGAUGACGGGAGUCAGAAAUAUGUAUUCACACAACAGAUUCGCCCAAGAUGCUACAGAUAUUUGUUAAAUUAUUGCUUCUU